AUGGAGGAAGUGAAGCGGCUACACGCGCGCUUGCUCCGCCGCGGCGAGCGCCGCCUGCAGCCGCUCCUCCUCCGCGUCCUCGCCGCCGGCGACCUCCGCUACGCCGCGCUCCUCCUCGCCUCCUCGCCCCCCUCCGCCACUCUCCACGACCGCCUCCUCCAGGCGCUCGCCGCCUCGCGCAGCCCGCUCCUCCUCCGCUCCUUCUCCCGCGCGCACCGCCUCCGCCUGCUCACCCCUCUCUCCUUCACCUUCCUCCUCUCCUCCGCCCCCUCCUCCGCGCCCUUCGCGCUCUCCGCCCACGCCCUGCUGCUCAAGUCCGGCCACCUCGCGCCCGGCGACCCCUUCCUCGGCUCCGCGCUCGUCUCCUUCUACGCCAGGAACCGCCUCCUGCGCGACGCCAGGCGGGUGUUCGACGAAAUGCCGCGCAGGGACACCGCCGUGAGCAACGCGCUGCUCUCGGCCUACGCCAGGGCCGGCCUCCUCGACGCCGCGGAGAAGCUGUUCGGGGAAAUGCCGGACCGGAACGUGGUCUCGUGGACCGCCAUGGUGUCCGGGUACGCGCAGAACGGGCGGCACGAGGAGGCGGUGGGGGCGUUCCUGAAGAUGUGGGAGGGGGCAGGGGUGCAGCCGAAUGAGCUUACGGUGAGCAGCGUGCUGCCCGCGUGCGCGGCUGUUGGGGCCAUGGAGCUUGGGAGGAAGGUGGAGGAGUAUGCGAGGGGCAAAGGCCACCUGAGGAAUGUGUAUGUGGCCAAUGCACUGCUGGAGAUGUAUGCCAAGUGUGGCAGCAUCCAAAGAGCUUGGCAGGUGUUUCAGGGGAUCCGUCGUCGGCGAGAUCUCUGUUCUUGGAACUCAAUGAUCAUGGCAUUCGCCUUGCAUGGCUCGUGGAGGGAAGCACUUGCCUUGUUCCAUAAGUUGCGGAUGACAGGGGUCAAACCAGAUGGUAUCACAUUUGUUGGAGUCAUUUUGGCUUGCACUCAUGGAGGUUUGGUGGAUGAAGGCAAGCUACUCUUCAACUCGAUGGAAGCAGAAUUUAGUCUUACUCCAAGAAUCGAGCACUAUGGUUGCAUGGUUGAUCUGCUUGGGCGUGCUGGUCUCCUAAAUGAAGCCUACAGUAUGAUAGCAAGCAUGCCAGUGGAGCCUGACGCCGUCAUCUGGGGAGCCUUGCUCGGUGCCUGCAGCUUCCAUGGAAACGUAGAACUAGCGGAAGUAGCAGUAAACAAACUCAUCUUUCUCGAGCCACAAAACACUGGAAAUCUGGUGAUCCUGUCAAACAUAUACGCGUCGUCUGGAAAAUGGGACGGUGUUGCCCAGGUAUGGAAGUUACUCAAGGAGAAAGACCACAAGAAAUCAGCUGGGUACAGCUUCAUAGAGCUAGAUGGCAGGAUGCACAAGUUCCUUGUUGAGGAUAAGUCGCAUCCAAGAUUUGUGGAGGUGUACAGCACCCUUGACAGUGUCACAAUGCUCAUGAAGCUUGUCGGACUAGAAAAUGAGGAAGAAGCGGAACAGCUGUUUCUGUCACCUAUAGAGAUCUAAAUUCCUAGAGAUGUGAAGAGACUGUGAUCAUAAAAGUGAUCUGUGAUUGCCCAUGAACCGCUCUGAUCUGAUCUUCCAAGUCAAAUUGAUGUGGCAAGGGAUUCUUCAAAAGGUGGCAACAGAAGGAAUGCCAAAUCAGGUCAGUGCGUAGCACCACCUGGGCAUCGACUCUUCUCUUCUUGCUGCUAUAAAUCAAAAUGGCCGUUCAUGCUGCACUUGUUAUUAAGAUGCACAGACGACCGAGAAUUGCAGACGAAGCAUAUAAUUUCAAGAUACAUCCCAACAAGGUACAUUUAUUCUGGAAUAAUGAAAUCCACAUACGAGAACUGAUAUGACAAGUAAAUGAGCACAGAGUACAGAAACAUACAGUUGUGUUGAGGCUAUAUAAUUUGGUUGAGUCUGUGUGCUUCAUUGCUGCUACACUAUGUAGUGUCUUGAGCAGAGGCGGAGCCAACCCUCCUUUCCCUUCUGGAUCUUUGGCAUUUGGCAAGUUAUAGCUGCAACCUGCAACAACUCUGAGGCGAGUUUUCCCAAAAGAACAUCAUUGUCAGUUAGUUGCGCUGUUGUAUAGAGGUGUUAGUUGCGCUGUUUCAUAGAGGUGGUUGACCUGCCGAGCCUGGACCUCUCGGGGUCACCGGCCACCAGUGGUCUUGAGAACCAGAUGAUAAUUCCAACAAGGCGCAUCUCGUUUCAUGAACGAGGCCAUGCCUGUAAUACCACCGUCCCUCCUGAUGUGUUCAAUCGCGUUUAUUACUCAAUUUGAUUUAUUAUUGAGCUAAUAAAAGUAGUAACAGAUAUAGAGAGUUUGUUUAUAGCUCCCGUGCACUUGCAGGAUGCAGCAAUUAUCUGGACCGGCCUUUUUUUUUGUCAAGAUCUAUGUUGUUUAUAGCACCCGUGCACAUGCAGGAUGCAGCCAUUAUCUGGACCGGCCUUUUUUUGUCAAGAUCUAUGUUGGAAUCUUGGAAAUUGCUCGUUUGGAGAACAUAAUAAAAAUGU